CCCUAACCAUAUACUUUAUAUCCUAAACAACGAACCGUCAAAGAUUACUUAUCAAGUUUAGUAUAAAUUGUUGUAACUAAUGGUUAAUUUAUAUAUUAGCCCAUAAAAAAUUACAUACAUAUAUACAUAUUAGCCUUCAAAACAUAUAAGAAUAAUUUUAACUAGUCAUGCCCUCCAUAUAAAAGUUAAAGAUUCAUAUUUCAAAAGCUAAAAUUAUGAAAAACCAAAAAGUUGAAAACCCCAAAAUUUUUCCUUCUUUCUUUUCACAAAAAUACUAAAAUUUCGCUCCUUCUUUCUCUUUCCAUACAUUAGAAAAACUCAAUUUUCCCUCCUCUUUCUCUUCCAUAAAAUUGAAAGAACCAAAUUACCCUCUUCUUUUCUUCUACAAAAAGUUGAAAAGUCAAAAGUUUUCCUCCUUAUUUCUCUUUCAUAAUCAAAAGAAUCAAACUUUCCCACUUCUUUCUCUUCCCACAUAUCAAAACCACCAAAAUUCUCACUUGUUUAUUUUCUAAAAAAUUCAAAGAACCAAAUUUUCCUCUUCUUUCUCUUCCCAAAAACUUGAACACACCAAAAUUUCCCUCUUCUUUUAAAAACAUCAAAUUACCAAAUUACUUUACUUUAUUUAUAUUUAAUUGAUAAUUUUAUUGAAUAGUUAAAUUAACCAAAAUUUUAAUUUAUAUAUUAUAUUAAUAUUGUCAUGAUCUCAAGUGACCUUCAUGUUUCAAUUUUUGUAAUUUUCUUAAAAUACGUAAUAUCAAGUGAGUUUCAUAUUUUUAAAAUUUCUUAUACGAAAUGAAAAAAUAAUUUUACUUAAGUUUAGAAUGAAAAACUUUAUUUUGAAAAACUAUGUAUUGUAUAUUUUUAUAAUUAUUCAAGUGGAUUAGAUGAAAUUCGGGUUGAGUCGGUCGGGUUACGGGUUAGUCGGGUUCGGGUUAAUCGGGUUGCGGGUCAGUCGGGUUACAGGUCAAUCGGGUUCGGGUUAAUCUGGUUGCGGGUUAGUCGGGUUGCAGGUUAGUUGGGUUGCGGGUCAAUUGGGUUACGGGUUGUUGACUUUUAGUCAAUUCGGGUUGCGGUCGGGUUGAUCGGGCGGGUUAAUCGGGUCGGGUAUGUUUUGACACCUAUAAUCCUAAGUUGAACAUUUGAAUAUUAAUGUUAUAUAAGUGUGUGUGAAUUUUCACUAUAUGUUGAAUCUAAGUACGACAUGUUAUUUUGGUGUAAUAUUAUAUGUUAUAACUCAUAUGUUAGAUGAGAUUUGAUAUAAUUUAUCAGGAUAAGUACAAUAUAGUGAUGUUUUCCAUUUUUCCGGGCUAAACCGGGCUAAAACGGGUGACCCAUUAACCCACCAGCUCAACCGGAUUCGGGUCAACCCGCGGGUUGACAACUUGAUUGGUAUCCUCUCUCCCUCCCGUCCUCCAACUUGCAGUCACUACACACAGCCCUUUCGGGGGCGAUUCCAGCGAAGCCAUUUCUCCCCCGGCGUAAACUCCCUAGUCCUCCAUUCUCUCCCUUGCGGCAUCUUCUAUGUCCCUUUCUUUUCUCCAUUAAUUUUCCCCCAACCUAACCAUUUCUCACCCACUCCCCACUCCAGUCUUCCUCGUUCCGCUGAAACCCCCCCCUCAUUUCUAGCUUCCUCUCUUCAUGGUGUUGCUCUCCUCUGCCCUUUCUCCACCAGACAAUCGAUUCCCGGCGCAAUGUACGGUGGCCAGGAUCUAAUUUUCCCAACACUGAUCAAGCUCCACUCCCCUCAAGCCCAACACCACCACUCUGAUUACUCUUCUUCUUCUUCUUCUUCCAUCCUCGUCGGCGGCAUCUUCCUCGACCGCGAAACAGUUCUCCCUUCCUUCUUCUCCUUGAAGCCGAAUCAGCCUGACUCCUCUCGCUGCUCGGGCCUCUCCAGGAAUUUGAGGCUUGAAGUCGAUGGCCGCCUGCCAUCGCACCGGCAGCGGCGGCGGCGGCAGGGGGGAAGGGAUGCACUGCCGUUUCUUUCUGUAAGUUUGUCGAUAAAACGGGGUGACGAAGAGUUUGUUGCGGAACGGCCGGGAAGCUUGGCUCAGAAUGGGGAAGACAAGAAUUUGGAGGUGGAAAGCGUUGGCACAUUUCUCGUUGCUGAGACGGAGAAGGGGAUUGAUAAUGAGAAGAAUAAGAAUAAGAAGGUGGUUGUGCGGAAUUCCGGAUCAGCGGCUUUCAAUACUACCAAGCAUCUCUGGGCUGGCGCCUUUGCAGCUAUGGUUUCCAGAACCAUUAUAGCACCACUGGAGAGAUUGAAGCUGGAGUACAUAGUUUGUGGCGAGAAGGCACAUAUAGUUGAACUGACCAGGAAAAUUUUCUUAACUCAAGGGGUCAAAGGUUUUUGGAAAGGCAACUUGGUCAAUAUUCUUCGAACUGCUCCCUUUAAGGCUAUAAACUUUUACGCAUAUGAUACAUACAGAAAAACGCUACUGAAAUGGACCGGGAAUGAGGAAACCACAAACUUUGAGAGGUUUGUUGCAGGUGCAGCAGCUGGCGUUACUGCCUCUUUGCUCUGCUUGCCUUUGGACACUAUAAGGACCAAGAUGGUAGCACCUGGUGGUGAAGCAUUGGGUGGCGUAAUUGGGACAUUUCGUUACAUGAUCCAGACUGAAGGCUUCUUCUCACUUUACAAGGGCUUAGUACCCUCAUUAGCAAGCAUGGCUCCUGCGGGUGCAGUAUUUUAUGGUGUUUACGAUAUACUCAAGACAGGAUAUCUUCAUUCGCCCGAGGGGAAGGCGAGAAUUCAACACAUGAACCAAGAAGGGCAGGAGCUGAAUGCCUUUGACCAGCUGGAGUUGGGCACCUACAGGACUCUGCUCUAUGGUGCGAUUGCAGGGUGUUGCUCUGAGGCUGCUACUUAUCCAUUUGAAGUUGUGAGGAGACAGCUUCAAAUGCAAGUCCGAGCCACGAAGAUGAAUGCAGUGGCAACUUGUUUGAAGAUAGUUGAGCAUGGAGGCAUUCCUGCUUUAUAUGCUGGAUUAGUACCAAGCUUGUUACAGGUUUUACCUUCUGCUGCGAUAAGUUAUUUUGUGUACGAAUUCAUGAAGAUAGUGCUGAAAGUGGAUUCUUCAUAGACAAGCUUUUGCUGCAACAAACAACACUCAAAAUUUUAUAAAAGAAUAUCUCUAUAACCCUGGUACCCUAUUUCCCCGUCCUUUCCUGCUUCUUUGUUGUGGUUCUGAGAAGGCUUCAUUAUGCCACUGAAAAUCAGUGUGGUUUCUUAGAAUGUCUUCGGUUUUGAAGAGUAGAAAGUAGGAACAGUUUGAGGUCGUUUUUAUUCUCAACUCUAGCCAUCCUAAUUUGGGCAGCUUCACCUCACAGAAUCCUAACGAUAGUGUCUUCUUCUUCUUCUUCAUCGAUCCUCCUGAAAUAAAAUGAGAAACAUACUUCUUUAUUCUCCUGGGACUUUCUUAUGAUCGAUAAUGUAUCAGAUCCACAUGUGGUAAUGUUAAACUUUUCUGGCCAUGCCAAUGGAGAUUCAAAGGCUUUGUUUGGCACAUGCUUACAAAAGCUCUUGUAAGCAUCCUUGCGAAAUUGUAUUGGCUCAAUGAAGCCUUAAUCAUUCAUAUGAAGAGCUUUGUGAGUGAGUGGAACCGGUUAUAACACAUAUUCGGGUGAGUUCGGUGCAUAUAUUUAAAACUAGUGUGGGCCCCGGCCAGUUGGCCGGAGGAAGGUAGGAUGGCAAUGGGUUGGGUUUUGCCAAAUUCAAAUCCAAAUUCAUGGGUUUAUCCGUGAAAAAAAUUUGGGGUAAAAUCCACUGGGUUUGAAAAACUCAAACCCAACUCAACCCCCUGGGUAUCCGCGGGUUCAUGGUUACCCACAGGUUUUUGUCUUAAAAAAUUUACAAUAACAAGUUGCUAUCAAAAUUAAAGUCAAAUAUCAAUCUCUCAAUACAAAUUAUCCAUAUAUAAAAUACCAUUCUAGAAAAUUCAAGCAAAUAACAAAUUAUCCAUAAAUAACAUGAUUAAUUGAAAGCUUCUUCCUUUCAAUUAAGUUUCUUCACUCUCCACUCGAUAACAUCAACUUCAUUCUACACAAUUAGAAAGAAAAAAUUAGACAUGUCUCCACAAACAUAAAUAAGAUAAGUUGUUUAGAAUAUUAAAUAUAUCGAGAAAAUUAAUUAUAUGGGUGUGGGCGGGUACCCACGGGUCGGGUUUACCUAAACCCAAACCCAACCCGAUGAAUAUUGAACGGGUUUAAACCCAAACCCGGCCCAAAACCCGUCAACACGGAUUUUACCCGCGUUGACCGAGUUGGGUAGGGUGGGUACCUGUGGGUUCGGAUUUUGUUUUCAUCCCUAGAGGAAGGUGAGGUAUGAAAUUUGAUAAUUUAAUGGGGUGUAUAACUUAUUGUUGUAUAGUUUUUUUGGGAAACACGUGAUAAAAAUAGUGAAUUUUAGCAGGAAAGAGACAUUAAUGAUGCAACAAAUCAAAAAUCGGCCUUAUGAACCAAAAUCAAGUACCUGUUACCUUGUGAAACAAUAUUGUUUCUGGUAAUAUGAUGAGGUGGAGUAAGUUUUAUAGAAACUGAAUUCCAGAAAAUCGAAUAAAAAAUAGCCUAUCCCGUCGGUUUUCGGGAAAUGAGCAUCUCACAAUCGUUGCUAGCUUUUACUCGGCCCGUUGGCCGAUUAAUUUGGUUUAUAAAACUUUCAUCUUGUCGUCAUUGUGCUUUCUGGUUUUUUUCAGGCUAUGAUAAAAUCUAAGGAAAUAAAGAACGAACAACACGAUUUGGGAUAGGAACCGUCGUUGUCGUAUCCCUAGAAAAUGGUGGUAAACACGGACUCACCUGCCAAACUGGUUUGGAUUGAGAUUUUUAUCGGGCAUCAGGGAACCAUGUGAUUAUAAAUUAGACUUGAUCAAAAGGGGCCAAAACUUGAAAUGCAGCCUGUUUGACCGACCCAUGCCAAAUUCUAAUUAUUCUUUACUUUUAAACUUUUUAUUUGAAAAUAAAAAAUAGUGAAAGAAAAGAGAUGACUGCCAUUUGCACAUCACUUAUUCGGGAAUAAAACCAUAGAAAUUCA